AUGAAUAAUUUAUGGAGCGCCGUUCCUAUUUCGCCUGUAGCUGAGGCUACCGAUGCAGCUGGUGGCGACUUCUCUACCACAAACAAAUUGUCGUUUGAUUCGGCCUUGGAUAUACCCCUUCCCAAUAGUGAUGACGACUUUUCAUCUGAUGAAGAUGACGGUGCUGCUAGUCCGCCUGUUAUAGUCAAGUCAGUCGCCUCCACCACUUCCACCAAUCGUACCGUAUUGGAUGAAGUUUUGCAGCCGGACUGCAUGAAGAAUCAUUAUCUUGGUCUUCCCUGGGUUCCACCACGCCUCAAGUUGGGCUUGGUCUUUAGCCGUUAUAAGAACGUGGUCAAUUUGAGUAAAGCACCACAAUCAUCUUUGCUCCGGAACUAUGAAGGUUAUGCUUCUGUUGCUGAUCUGGGUGGCCCUCGACGGGAGCUAGUUUGUCAUGCCCUGACCACAACCAACCAGUCCCAGCACCAUCCCACAUGCUUCCUUACACCUCCCCAAGACAUCCGACCUCCCCAAGACAGGACCACGGGUACUACGCACCUCCCCAAGACAGGACCACGGGUAAUACGCACCUCCCCAAGACUAUCCUGACAACCUCCCGACACGCGUACGAAACUCCUUAGCACCAGCCCCAUUAAGUACAAAUCUCGAUCACCUGUCUCCUUCGACUACUGCCUCAUGUCCCUAGGUUCCGAUGUUCCCUUGUUCACUUCCCAUACCUAUUUAAGUAGCUCCGUAACGUCUCCAAGCGCCAGCUUGGUAUAUUUUGAACACACACCCUUUUGCAUAGGUCCAGUCCCUGUCCCUUUGUACCUGCU